GUCACCUGUACGGCUCCCCAAGGGAACCGACCCUCUUUUAUUGGACGCCGUUCUCAGCCCUUUUUUGUGGGGCGCCAUGAUCCAGGCGAUUGCGGCCUUCUCCGGUGGCCUCUGGGUGCAGAACAAGCUGAGCGACCUGCAGCUUCCACAGCUGAGUCGCCGCAUCAACGAGGCGGAGACCUUCAAGCUGUCGGUGCAGGUGGUCGCGGCGUCAAUCCCAGGGCUCUCAGACUCCGGGCUGCUCACCCGGGAGCGGCCGCGCGUGAGCGCGCUGCUGAAUGGCGUGCGGAAGGAGACCGAGUUCGGCGACUGCGACGCAGACGAGGUCCUGGCACUCCCAGGACCCGGAUGCGAGGAUUUGCCUCCCUGCGAUUGGCAGUUCAACGAAACGCUCACCUUCGCUGUGACCGUGGCGGAUGUGCUGGCCGGCCAGACGGUGCAGCUCUGGAUCCACACCUACAGCGACGUCCGCUUUGGGCCAUUUCAAGUGAAUCUCACCAGGGCGCGGGACGUGGGCGUGUGCUCCGUGGAGCUUCAGAAGCAGGUGCUGCCGGAGUGCGUCGCGUCUGAGGAAUCAGGCGACUCCACCAGACAUCAGGUGGAUACCACGCCCAGACGGAAAGGCACCUACUCCUGGGAGACGCCAGUCCUACCCUUCCCGUUGACCCAUGUGGGUGGCGCUGGAGGGGCGGGGGACUUCGUCCUCGGUCAGGCUGCGGGGCAUUUGCUGGUGAAGUUCAGCAUGAAUGCAGACCCACAGGCGAUGCUCCUGCGCCGUGACCGUGCGUCGCGGCCCUUGGUGGAGCGGGUAGCUGAUCCGUUCCGGCAGAUCAUCGCGGCCCCCGUGAGGUGGGUGGAAACGGCCACGGAGUUUGCGAAGUGCGACGGCGACGAACUGUACUGCGGUGUGGGACGUGGCUACCGGGAGGCGGAUUCGCCGCUGGGGCGGCGACCUGCGGUGCUCACUGCGGACCUGCCACCGGUGCUCAGUGAUCUCCCGGCAGAGGGCUGGGUGAAACACCAAGGCCCUGAUGGCCGAGAGUUCUGGCAUCACACGUCCUUGGGGCCUCCACCCUGGGAUCGGCCGCGCAUGCCUGAGCGUGUCGUCAGCAUCAAUGGUUGUGUGGCAGGCACGGAGGAGGAUGCGGUGCUACGGCUGCCUUCCAAGGAGAAGGUUGCCUUUAAGGAGGGGACCCACGUUUUCAAACUGGAUUUGAACAAGGGGGCUGAGGCCACCGGGUCCCAGCCCUUGGCACGACGCUCCAGCAGAAGUCUGGAGUCAAUCACUGCCGCAGCCCCAGCGGGCAUGCAGCUGGCGCGGACCAGCAGCCCAUUGGAGGUGCCAGCAGGCCAAAGUGUUCCUUCCACUGUCCCUUUGAGACAGCCUGGUGCCCCACAAGCGCAAGCACCUGCGUCACAGCAGAGCUUGUCACAGCAGCAAGCACCACAGCAGGUGCAGCAGCAAAGGCCACAGCAGGUGCAGCAACCUUCACAGCAGGUGCAGCAAACAUCACAGCAGGUGCAGCAGCCGGCACCUCAGCAAGAGCAGCAAGCGCAGCAACCGCAGCAAGCACGACAGCAAGCACAGCAAGCAUCACAGCAGGUGCAGCAACAGACGCCGCAGAUGGUUUCGCGACAGCCACAGCAAGCACCACAAGCACUGAUGCAAACCGCACCGGCUGGUUAUCCCUCUGCAUUUUCGAGCCAGUCCGGUACGGGCUCUCAAUCUCUUCAGCUCUAUCGGAUGCUCACACCGCCACCCACCGAGUCGCAGUUACCCAGGGCCAGCGGGCAUGCGCCGGUGAUGCGACAACCGACCAUGCCGGUGAUACCGACGCAAAAGCCGCCCGUGGCCCACGUCGUCCGAAAGGGAGCAGAAGGCUCCUUUGUGACGGUCCGCCCGGCCAGGGCGACCUUUGCCGCACAGGUGCCUCCGAAUCCGCUGGCGCCGAUCCGCGCCUCCUUUGCGUAGAGGGGCGCCGCCUCUCAGAUGCAGCGGCGGUUUCACCUGCAUGGGAUUCAAGCUCGACGCGACCAGAUGCAGUGUACCAGUUCUUUUGGAAGAACACAUGUCCAGCGAGCAUGGACUGAACCUGC